AGAAUCUCCCGCGCGUCGCUGCAGUUCUCGUAAGCGGCCGCUAGAGCGCACCUGGAGCUUCAACACAAAUGCCCUCACAUCAUAGCCGAAUGCGUCAACCACACGGUAACCAGCUAGGGGCAUCUCACCAGCACAAACCCCGCCGUGUUCCCGGGGCCUAAAGCAACAGGAUAGAGUCCAAGCAACGGGGCGCAGGACGCAGUCUGCAGGGAAAAAGUUUCAUCCAAAGCCAUGAGGUUCGCACGCCUCUCUGUGAUGCUGCUGGUCACUUUGAUGCCCCUUGUUUCAGGUAUGAGCUUCAUGACUCCUGAGCCUGAUUCACCACCAACAUCGACCCCAGACUCGUACCCUCUGGGUGACCUGAUCCACGCCGCCCUGCAGAGUAAGGAGUACUUGGGAGAGGCUUCAGCAGGCACAGGUACCACUACCAACCCCACGCAGGCGGUGCCUGGGCUUGGGCAGACCGAGUCCACAGCGACUGUCAUAUCACCAGGGCUGCUCACCACAGCUUUGAGCUCCUCUUCUGCCGCGGGCCAGACAGGACCCAGGAAUACCAUGUCCUCGCUGCCCGUAGAGGAGGAGACAACCACCACCCUGAUCACCACCACCACCAUCACCACCAUGCACAUGCCAGUGCAAUGCAAUGCAACUUUGUCAGCGAUGGAAGAUGUCGUCGAGUCACCCGAUCCUGCAUCGACAUCCUCUUUUUCCCCGCUGGAGUGCACCUACAGCAUCACCGUGUACCCGGGUUAUGGAGUGGAGAUUCAGGUGAGGAAGGUUAACCUUUCUAAGAAGGAGUCUCUGACCAUCAUGGGUUAUGGAGGUUUGGGACUUGAGCUCCUGGCCAACGAGACCUUGAUGCGAGAGGGUCAGGUGAUCCGCAGUGCGACCAAUCAGGUGUACAUCCACUACCGCAGUCUCCAGCAGAGCAACCACGGCGUGUUCAGCCUCCACUAUCAAGCCUUCCUGCUGUCCUGCCCGUUCCCGCAGUCUCCUGAGAGCGGGGGAGUGACAGUAACGGACAUCCAUCCCGGAGGUCAGGCUCACUUCCACUGCGACCCCGGCUUCCAGGUCCGCGGCCAUGAGGUGGCGACGUGUGUGAACACAACACAGCCGCACUGGAGCACCCCUGAGCCGCACUGUGUCGCUGUGUCCUGUGGAGGAUGGGUUCGCAAUGCAACAGUGGGCCGGAUUCUGUCUCCUCCUCCUCCGUCCGUCGGUAACCACAGCAACGGGAACAACCUGAGCUGUCAUUGGUUAAUCGAAGCCAAAGAAGGACACCGACUCCACCUGCACUUUGAGAGGAUCGCUCUGGACGAAGAUGAUGAUAAGUUAAUCGUGCGAAGUGGAAACAGUUCCCUGUCUCCACCGCUCUUUGACUCCGACCUGGAUGACGUCCCGGAGCGUGGGCUGCUGAGUGAGAGCGCCACGCUCUACCUGGAGCUCACCGCUGAUUCCUCCUCCAUCCCCCUGCUGCUGGCGCUGCGAUACGAGGCCUUCGAUGAUGAACACUGCUGGGAGCCCUACAUGCCCCAUGGCAACUUCAGCAGCAGUGACAUCACGUAUCAGCUGGGCACCACCGUCACCUUCGCCUGCUCCCCGGGCUUCGUCAUGGAACAAGGCUCGGCCACCAUUGAGUGUAUCGACCCGAGCAAUCCCCACUGGAAUGACAGCGAGCCCGUGUGCAGAGCUCUGUGCGGAGGAGAGCUGACCGAGCCCGCGGGUACCAUCCUGUCUCCUGAUUGGCCCCAGAGCUACUCCAAAGGACUGGACUGUGUGUGGCAGAUCCAUGGCAACGAGGAGAAACGCAUCGAGCUGGAUGUCCAGAUUCUGAACAUCCGCCACACCGAUGUGCUGACUGUGUUCGACGGACGUGAUCUCAUGUCGCAUGUGAUUGGACAGUACCUGGGGUCCAGAGAGCGUUUCCAGGUCGUGUCUGGGGGGUCAGAGGUCACCAUUCAGUUUCAGAGUGACCCCGAUGAUUCCAGUUUCAUCCUGAGUCAGGGGUUCCUCAUUCAUUAUCAUGAGGUCGAGCCGAACGACACCUGCCCGACCCUCCCUCAGAUUGAGUUCGGCUGGAUCAGCUCGUCCCACUCCUCCCCCGUGAGAGGCAGCGUGCUGACCUAUCAGUGUCAGCCGGGAUACGACAUCAGCGGCUCCGACAUUAUCACCUGCCAGUGGGAUCUCUCCUGGAGCAGCAGUCCACCCACGUGUGUCAAAGUCCAGCAGUGUCCUGAUCCAGGAGAGGUGGUCAACGGAGCGCGCUCAGUGCGCCCUGAGGCUGGUUUUGCCGUCAGUACGGUCGUUCGUUUCUCUUGUAACCAAGGUUACCAACUGGAGGGUCCAAGCCAGAUCUCCUGCCACGGACGAGACACUGGCACCCCGAAGUGGAGCGACCGCAGCCCAAAGUGUGUCUUGAAAUACGACCCGUGCCCGAACCCUGGAGUCCCUGACAACGGUUACCAAACUUUGUACAAGCACAGCUACCAAGCCGGAGAGACUCUGCGCUUCUUCUGCUACGAGGGCUACGAGCUCAUCGGAGAGGUCAUCAUCAGCUGCGUGCCCGGUCACCCGUCUCAGUGGAACAGCCCGCCGCCCUUCUGCAAAGUGGCUUACGAGGAGCUCCUGGAUGACCACAAAUUAGAAGUGUCUCAGUCGUUCGAGCCGUCCCAUCAGAUCCUGAGUGAGAACAUCGCCUUGGCUAUCAUUUUGCCGAUCAUCCUGGUCAUCCUGCUGAUCGGAGGAAUUUACAUGUACUAUACAAACAUAUGCAGACUAGAGUGGAAGCCGCUCUUCUGGAAGUCUCUUUCUCACACACACUCCUACAGUCCCAUCACAGUCGAGUCCGAUUUCAACAACCCUCUUUACGAGGCGGGGGACACACGGGAGUACGAAGUUUCCAUUUAAAGGAGAAAAAUGUCUCGGUGAGAAAUAGAAACCACAGAAGGAUGAAAAUCUUUUGGAAAAAAAAAAAAACUAAUUUCGUAGUAUUUUAAGGCCUCACUCCCCCUUUGACUCAUCCGUUUAUUUUCAUGAUCGGUUUGAACAUGUUUUUUUUUCUCUCAGCUUUCUGAAUCGUGGCAGUGUUUUAUUUUUGAUCUGUUGCACUGAUACGGUGGUCUGCCAAACGUGGGUCCUACUUCACAUCCGUCUGUGUCAUCAGGACCGGUGCCUUACCAAGAGAUUGACAACAAAGAUGAACAGCGAGGGAUGGGAGGCGAAAGAACGGGAGGGGGGAGGAAACGGGGGGAGGGGUGACGGGUGGAUGGAUUUAUUCGUUCAGUUAAAUUAUUAAGAGGCCAAAACAUCUGAGAAGUUGGCAAUAUUUACAGAAGUUACGAUCAUGACCACGCGGCACACGUUGAAUGUUUUCUUCAUGUUUAUAUUUUACAUUUUACUAAACGAUACAGUACGAGGGGGGGAGAAAAGUUUCUAAUCAUGAGUCGAGUUUUAGAUCAACACAGUCGUUUCUUCUUCUUCUUCUUCUUCACUUUGUCUUUCUCUCUGUGUAACACACACACACGCACACACAUGCACACACACACAAAUUGAAUGUAAAUAUCUGACUUAAUAUUGAUGAGGUUGAUAUAAAUGCUAAAUGACAUAUGAGCCUCAUGUAUACUCUUCUACAAGGUGUUGGGAGGUGAUAUAUUUUCAUUAUCUGUACGUAAUGAAAAUUCAGUGCCAAAAUAUAAUGUCGAAUAAUUUAAUGUCUCUAAGUGUUUCAUCUGUUGUUGCGAUACUGUUUACGAAGGCAGUGUUUAUUUAAUUCUCCGCUCUCUCUCUCUCUCUGGCGUGCGUCGUCACCCAGCGUCACGCGUCACACGUCACGUAGGACCAGGCGAGGACAUGAAUGUCAUUCAAUGCUUAAAGCAUGCACUGAUUGUAAAUUAUAUUGCUUCUGCUCAAUCUCGCCAUCCACCGUCCUAGUUCCGGACGGUUCUCAUUCUUAUCAGAUUCGAUGUUGUAUGCACUAUGUUGAUGAAAAUUACAAACUUUGGCUGCUUGCUGUGAUGCAUUACGUAUUUAUUUAUACCUGAUUGUCGAGGCGGUGAAUGUCGGGUCAUUCGCUGUGCCAAAUGAAGGAUCCUGGAGACUGUUGCUUUGUAGAAUUACUUCUUCUCUUCUCAUCAGUAGCAUUUCUUUGCUUCAUAUAUGAAUACACUCUUUGGAAGGCAGUGAACUUAAAUGCUGAACUGGAAAUAAAGUCUCUGUUGAAUGGUG